AGUGCACAUGCUUGUAGAAAUCUGGAAACAGAUUUGUUUCAAUUCAGUAGAAAGAUUUUUAUGACAGAUUUUUUUUUCUUUUAAGUUGAAAGAUUUAAAGGAAAAAGCAGAUAAAAAUGGUGGUGAUUGAACCAGUAGAAUCGAAUUCAAUUGGGGAAAAAGUGGAAAAUACGAAUGAAAAAGUUCUUCCUAAGACAAAGCCGCCGGUAGUAAAAAGAGACGAAUCGACGACGACGUCGUCGCUGGCGGCUUCUUCAUCGUCAUCAUCGGCGGCGAGGAUCGUGGAAGAGUCAACAUCGCAUGGUAAUACUGCAGUUGGAGACGCCUCCGAUGGGUUCGAAACUGCCAGCGAAGCUGACCUCAACGACGACGAAGACGAUCUCGUGGGGGAGGAACAGCGAACGGAAGAAGCUGAAAAGGAAGAAGCUAAAGAGGGAAACAGGGAGGAGGGUCUAGUAGGCUCCAAGGAGAGGGACAAUGCUAAUGAUCAGCAUCAGGAGCAGCAAGUGGAUUUGAAUCAGGAGCAGAUUAUUGAGAAAGCAUUAGCAGAAGCAAAUGAUGCAAAACUUGAAGGCAAUACAUUGUUUAAGGAUGGUCAGUAUGAAGAGGCAUUGUCUAAGUAUGAUAUUGCUUUACAAGCUGUGUCUAGUAUACCAGAAUCUGUUGAACUACGCUCAGUAUGCCAUGCAAAUCGUGCUGCGUGUUAUUCCAAAAUGAAAAAAUUUGAGGAUACAAUUAAAGAAUGCACAAAAGCAUUGGAGCUAAACGCUAGCUACAUAAAAGUUUUGCUUAGAAGAGCAGAGGCACAUGAAAUGUUGGAACAUUUCGAAGAAGCCAUUGCAGAUAUAACAAAAGUUUUGGAAGUUGACCCAUCACAUGACCAAGCUAGAAGACAGAUUGUUCGCUUAAAGCCAUUGGCAGAUGAAAAGCGUGAAAAGAUGAAGGAAGAAAUGAUUGGGAAGCUGAAGGAAAUGGGAAAUUCCCUUUUGGGUCGAUUUGGAAUGAGUGUUGACAAUUUCAAAGCUGUCAAAGAUCCAAACACUGGUUCAUAUUCUGUUUCAUUUCAGCGCUAGUAUGGAUAUCCUGUACAAACGUCAAUAUAUACUCUCUUAGUUUCUGGCGCCAUGGAUCAGAGGGACAAAACGUUGAUGAAGGGUAUUGUGUCACAAUGCUGCUUUCCGGCAUAUGAUUAUGUUUGUACAUUUGACUCUAUUUAAAAAAAUGUUGGAAGAUAUUUGGGCAUGACAUAGAUGUGUCAAUGUUUGAGUUUACUGGAAUUUGUUCAUACUUGUUGCUUGUCAUUAGUCCUUUUAGUUUCUCCUGGCGACUGGGUGGAGUUUUCAUGUCUUUGGUACUGUGUUGGAGAGCAUCUUAAGAUGCAAUAUAAUUUAUAUUAUCAAUUCCUAUCUUUGCCA